CCCUCCCAUCCCUCCCAUCCCUCCCUCCCCUCUUCCCCCCUUUGCCGUGUUGCUACAGCCGUGAGGUCUCCCAACUCCCCCCCCCGACCACACCGACUCUGCACUCCUCCCUCCCCUCGUUCGCUUUGACUACCGUCUCUCGUCUCCCCUUCUCCCCAUUCUUCAUGUUUGCAUCGCUGUCCCAUGCCUCUCUUCAACAAUUCACUUGCUUCGCGUUCAGCGCCGCGUCCCCUUUCCCAUGGAGAUCCCCCCCUCCAGCAUCCUAAUCCAGCCAUGCAUCCGGAGUUUGUCCCGGAAUCGCCCCUGCAAUUCGUUGGCCUGGUUCAAUCUCGUCUUCUUGCCUCCCCGGAAACCCCUGUCUCGCCCUGCAACAGCUCCGCUCCCGCCCCGGCUGCCAUGAGCCUUGCCAGUCUUGAUCCUGCCCACCGUCGCGGUGGCUGGGCCAUGCUGAAUCCCUUCCACGCCUUGUCGCCGCGACAGGUCGCGCGGAAGCCUCUCCAAGAUCUCCAGGCCGAUGGCCAGCCUGCAAGGAACUCGUACACCCUGCUGGCAAAGCUCUUUGGUCAUUCGGUUGGCUCCAAGAGAGCGCAAGGCUCCAGUAUCCCGGUCGUCGCAACUCCCCAAAGUCCCUCAAGCUCGCCAGAUGCCCCCAGCCCCCCGGAACCCCGUCCUUUGCCCCCAUCCCCGCCUUCCUCUCCCCCGCGCUCUCCCCGUUCCAAGACUGCUCGUCCAACCUCGCUGCUUUCGCUGUCGAGUCUGAUGAGCAUCUCGUCCAGCUCCUCCAGCGGCUCUUGUGCCGACGACUGCGCCGAGUCCGAGUCGCCCGCAAUGCCGCCCGAGUGCAAGGCUCUUGAUCAUGCCCUGGAGCUGAUGCGCCAGGACAAUCACCGGUCCGCCGCCGAGGCUUUCUUGGACGUUGCCUUCUCGAACACGCCUCGCUCGCCGCCGCCGCCUCCGCCCUCGGACGAUGCCGACGACGACCCGGACGACAUUUCCUCGGCCCCCUCAUUCCUUGUUCGAAUGCCGACAGAGUCGACGGUCAUGGCAAGGCGCCUACGCCACCUGGCUUGCUACUGCUACGGGGUCUGCUUGCUCUACGGAUACGGCAUCGAGCAAGACUACAUUGCCGCUGUCAAGUGGCUGACCAAGGCCGCCGUCAACAACGAGGUUCUUGCCAUCCAUGAGCUUGGGCUGUGCUUCCAAAAGGGCUGGGCCAUCCAGUGCUUUGGCUCCAUUGUCGAUCGCCAACGCGAGAAGGCCAAGCUCAAGCAAAUUGCCGUUGCAUGGUUCAAGAAGGGUGCCGAGCUUGGCUAUCCUGCUUCCCAGUUCAAGCUCGCAAUGUGCUACCUCCAAGGCGACGGCAUCAAGUACGACAAGUACGAGGCCGCUCGCUGGUUCCGCAUGGCCGGCGACCGCGGCUAUCCGCUUGGCGAACACUCGUGGGCUUACCACAAGCACUACGUCGACCCAAGCACCUUGAUGUUCUCCAACGUGCUGAACCAAGGCUCGGACCAGUUCACGCCCUUCCCUGCCUUCCAGAACCACUACAGCGGCCAGUGGCUCAACUCGCUUCGCAUGGGUCUGCUGACGUGCGUCCAGGGAUACCGUUCCGGCAUCGAGAACGUCUCCCUGAUGCUCAGGGCCUGGACCUUUGUCGCGAUGGCUGCCCAAGAGCACCAAAGGCGAUGCGCUGAUGCGAACGACAGAGGCGUUGAUGGCCGCUGCCACAGCACCGCCGCCUCCCCAGGCCGCCGUCACUUGGUGGUUCCCGCCAUCGAUUGGUCCAUCGACUAACACUGGUCCGGGUCUUGGGACAUCCUGGUGUGUGUCCGGAUGUCCCCGUCCGUCCUGUGUCGAUUGUAUUGUAGGAAAUUAUGAGCUGUAUUGGGUUCUUUUAGUUGCUAUCGGACUAUGUACAUCACUGUUAUUUGCUUCAUGUCUGUACUCUUGCACUUUGAUUCUCCGUUUCCGCCUCUGCUCGCCCGGCUGUCGUCCGAACCACUGUCACUCGGAACCGCGCGAUGUUUUAGACCAAGUUAUUUUGCGAGUUCGGUAUCGCCCUUUGCUUUCGAUUCCGUCACUGCCACUAGUAGUUGCUCAUGUCUCUCAGACUUGGCAAUGUCCUCGGCAAAUGAAUAUACAUUCCUGUUAUUGUUUGUUUUCAAA